AUGAAAACUUCUCUUACUGCUCUUCACCAAGAAUUUGAAAGUACUAUUCAGAAGCUUCACAGUCAAAAUCAACAGUUGCAGGCUGAAUGUCAAUCUUUACAAGCUGAAUGCCAAUCUUUGCAGACUGCUCUAAACAGCUCCCAAUCUCAAUUCCAAUCCCGUCUGAAGCCCUCACUGCCAGACCCUGAAAAGUUUACUGGUCAAACCCUGAAAUUUGACACCUGGCUCCCCUCAAUCAAAGCCAAACUACGCGUGGAAGACAAACUACACAGUCUAAAGCAGGUAUCAGAUGAAUCUUUAGCAGUCUAUAUUACUAAGUUUGAACGCAUUCUCUAUGAGGCCAGAGCUCAGGAUUAG